AUGCAAACAACUUCCCUUCCAUCCCUCCAGUGUUCACUUCCAUUUUCAGGCAAUUUUAUGCCUAAAAAACCAUCUCCCAGUCGACGAGAAAGAGCUUACAGUCCAGUUUUUGCAGUGAAAAAAGAUGCAGGCCAUGAUAAAGGGCAACAGAAAGGAAGAUUGGUUGAUGAAAACAUGAUUCUUCUUAGAAUGAGAAUACAUGAUCAGAAGAUGGCUGAGGAAAAUCACUCGCCGCCGGCGAAUUGGAUGGAGUGGGAGAAGAAAUGGUACGUGAAUUAUCAUUCAGAUGUUUUUGAAGCAGUAGGGUUGUUGCAGAAUUUGCUGAUGGAUAGCAGGCCAGGCUUGGUUUUGGGAGUGGUGUCUCUUAUGAUAUUAAGUGGAUCAACAUCAAUGGCUCUUCUACUUUGCUAUCUGGUCGACAUUUUCAAGGGGAUUAGUUUCUGA